AUGGCCGAGGGCGGCGGGGGCGCGCGGAGGAGGGCGCCGGCGCUGCUCGAGGCGGCCCGCGCGCGCUACGAGAGCCUGCACAUCUCGGACGACGUGUUUGGCGAGUCGGGCCCGGACAGCGGCGGGAACCCCUUCUACAGCACGUCGGCCGCCUCGCACUCCUCCUCGGCCGCCUCCUCGGACGACGAACCCGAGCGCCCGGGCCCUUCGCCGGGCCUCGCCGCCCCGCCGCCCGGCGCACAGGAGCCGGAGGAGGAUGAGGCUGGCGCGGGCUGGAGCACCACGCUGCGGGACCGCCCGCCCCCGCGCUUCGAGGACACCGGCGGUCCCACCCGCCAGAUGCCCCCCAGCGCCAGUGCCAUGGACUUCUUCCAGCUCUUCGUCCCGGACAAUGUCCUCAAGAACAUGGUGGUGCAGACCAACAUGUACGCCAAGAAGUUCCAGGAGCGGUUCGGGAGCGACGGGGCCUGGGCGGACGUGACACUGGCGGAGAUGAAGGCCUUCCUGGGCUGCGUGAUCUCCACCAGCACCUCGCACUGCGAGUCGGUCCUCAGCAUCUGGAGCGGCGGCUUCUACAGCAACCCGAGCCUUGCCCUGGUCAUGAGCCAGGCCCGCUUCGAGAAGAUUCUCAAGUACUUCCACGUGGUGGCCUUCCGCUCCAGCCAGACCACGCACGGCCUCUACAAGGUCCAGCCCUUCCUGGACUCCCUGCAGAACGGCUUCGACUCCGCCUUCAGGCCUUCACAAACCCAGGUGCUACAUGAACCCCUGAUUGACGAGGACCCUGUGUUCAUCGCCACGUGCACGGAGAGGGAACUGCGGAAGAGAAAGAAGCGGAAAUUCAGCCUCUGGGUCAGGCAGUGCUCGUCCACCGGCUUCAUCAUCCAGAUUUACGUCCACCUGAAGGAAGGCGGGGGCCCCGACGGGCUGGACGCGCUGAAGAAUAAGCCGCAGCUGCACGGCAUGGUGGCCAGGAGCCUGUGCCGGAACGCGGCCGGGAGGAACUACAUCAUCUUCACCGGGCCCAGCAUCACCAGCCUGACCCUGUUCGAGGAGUUUGAGAAGCAAGGGAUCUACUGCUGCGGCCUGCUCAGUCCCCGGAAGAGCGACUGCACUGGCCUGCCGCCGUCCAUGCUGAGCGACCCGGCCUCGCCGCCCGCCCGCGGCCAGCACCAGAUCCGGACCAAAGGGAGCAUGUCUCUGAUCUGCUGGUACAACAAGGGGCCCUUCCGCUUCCUCACCAACGCCUACUCACCCGUGCAGCAAGGAGCGAUCAUCAGGAGGCGGGCUGGGCAGAUCCCCUGCCCCCUGGCCGUCGAGGCGUUCGCCGCCCACCUCAGCUACAUCUGCAAGUACGACGACAAGUACAGCAAGUAUUUCAUUUCUCAUAAACCAAACAAGACCUGGCAGCAGGUGUUCUGGUUUGCCGUCAGCAUCGCCGUCAACAAUGCCUACAUCCUGUACAAGAUGUCGGAUGCCUACCACGUGAAGAGGUACAGCCGGGCACAGUUUGGUGACAGACUCGUGCGGGAGCUGCUGGGCCUGGAGGACACAUCGCCAGCCCACUGAGGCCACGGGCGGGUGCGGCCCCAGUUAGGUAAGGACCAGGUCAAGGGAGGGGAGGGGGAGCCUGCCAUCCGACCUGCCCAGCCAGAGACCCGGAGAUGCCCUGCGUGUGUCUGCAGCCCGGGAGGGGCGCUUGGGGCCUCUGGAGGGACCAGGAUGGACCUGGUCAGAGGAUGGUGCUGUCCUGGCUUCCAUGCAAAGAAGAGCACGUCCUCCCUCCGGAGAGCGGCCACCCCCAGACCUUCCGUGAUGCCAGAGCAGGGCGCUCCACCCUCACGACUCCCGCGGAGGCUUCAGGAGAGCGGGCUCAGUACAGGGACCUGGGAGGCCGCUGCCACCGGGGCCGCCAGGGAUAGGCUGAGCCGAAGCACGUUCUGCCCUGUAAAGAUGGGAGGACGCUGGUGAUGUGGCACAGUGUCACGCUGUGUCUGGAGGUGAUGGGAAGUGAGCCAGGACUGGCUCCACGUGGCCAAGAUCGUUCAGGUGUGUGUCAGAGCCCAGAGGGUUUUCCAGCGUUUGCCUCGUGCGGGCAGCUACAAAUGGGGCUCGUAGAAGAAGAAACACAAACUGGGGCAAUUCAAAGGCAGCGGUGGCCCGUUCUGGGACACAGACGCCUUCCUGCCCGUUUCCCCUGAGGCUGGUGGAUGGGGGAGGUGGGGAAAACACCAACAGAAUGGCAGUGAAGUGGGAUGCUGUUUUUUAUUUUUAAAUAUAUCUUCAGGUUAUUUUCUUACUGUGGCUUCAGAUCUUCUGUAAAAGGAUACGUCCCUCUUGUUUUCUGUCCUCCCUCUUUUGCCCCAGCCCAGUCACGGCUCCUUGCAUGAUCACUGUCUGGGGCCCGGGCCUCGGCCCAGAAACGGCGGCCUGUGUCCAGAGCAGACAUGGUUUCCCCUGUCGGGUCCACGGGGGCUGCGGGCUUCGAGCUUUUCACGGAUGUCAUCUCUGGGAGAGAGUCAUUUGUUUUGCAAAAUACGUAGCAUGGCUGAGACAGACAUCCAAAUGUCUGUCUCUCUGGUUGACCGCUUGCUAAUUCUCGCUCCCUCGGGUGGGGUCAGCGGGCAGUGUCUACCAGGCUCGCUGCACCCCUGAGAACCGUGUGGUGGCAUCCACAAAGUCCCCUCUCCCAGCUUGGUUGGGUGUGAUACCCGUGGGGCCGGGGGCCUGCGCAUCACGGGCCUGAAAGGCCGACAUGACAAGCAGCUGACAGCAAGAUCUCUGUGUACUCCCCGGGACACUGGGGCCUUUCUGGACCAAGGGGCCCAGGUCUCCCUCGGAGACCUGGACCAAAACCUCGGCCAGGGUGGUCGGCCAGUGUGGCUGUCCCCACAGACAAGAAGCAAGUCAUUUCUGGAGUUGACAUGAUCCCCCCUCAACCCAGUUCCUGUGCCCCCACCUCAUUUUUACAGAUGCAAAAACUCAGGCUUCGGGACUUUCUUCCUUGUUCUCACCCAGUGAAUUAAGUGUCGCCGGCAGCAUGCUCCUCACCCACUUCCUUUCUGUACCCAGGCUCACGAUGGUCACCUCGCCCUGUGGUUUUAAUUCGAUGCCACGGAUUGUAGGCCAAAUUUUAAAUUGCGUUUCAGAACACCUUUGCCGUGUCCUUGAAUUGGAUCGAAAGCACUUUUACCACAUGGAGAAAUAUAUUUUUAAUUUGUGAUGCUUUUCUACAAGGUCCACUAUUUCUGAGUUUAAUGCGUUUCCAACACUUAGGGAGACUCUGAUGAAAGCUGAUGGGUUUUCUUUUCUGUCCAAAUAAGUCAAAGAAAAAAAAAAUAAAAGUCUAUUUAGAUGUUGGCUUUUUGUUAAUAUGUGAGUUUUUUUUGGAAAGGUCUGGCACAAAAACCACAGCUCCUCUUUUAAGACUUGAUUUCCUGUUGAAUAAUCCAGCGUGUGUGGUCUUAGCUGUUCCUAGUAUCCUGAGCCAAUGAGCGGUUGAAAUAGAAAUUCAGCUAAGUGUUGCCUAGUGGAAACGAGAACUGCUGCCCAGUCCUGGGAGUGUUUCAGUCAUGUUUUGGGGCCCUGCCUUCCAACCCAUCGAUUCUUCCUUAGAAUCUUAGGCUGUGCGUGUCACUCUCAUCUAACACAAGAAGCGCUACUGUGACGGGUAAUGAGUGACUUCACAUUAUCGAGUAAUUAGGGGGUGAUUACACCGAUUUACUGCUUUGGUUUUAAGACGGUGGCCACCUGUUUUCUGGUAAAUGAUUGAAAGAGACAGCAGGUCAGUGGGGUUUCCAGUGGAGGCGCGGUGACCACACCAGCCUUCUCGAGGCUGAGAACACUUUCAUGUUUCCUCCCAAAGUGAC